AUGCGGAAGAUUCUCGCGGAGCGGCUGUUCCCCGUGGACACCCUUCGGUUGCUGGCUUCCGAGCGGUCCGCCGGCCAGCGGCUCGCUUUCGGUGGCCGGCAGAUUCCGGUGGAGGUGCUGGACGACGAUUCUUUCGAAGACAUCGACAUCGCGCUGUUCUCGGCGGGUUCGUCGGUCAGUGCCCGGUAUGCCCAGGCGGCGGUGGACGCCGGCGCCGUGGUCAUCGACAACACCAGCCAUUUCCGGAUGGACGACGAGAUCCCGUUGGUGGUUCCGGAAGUCAACGCUUACAAGAUCGCCGACCACGCCCACCGGGGCAUCAUCGCCAACCCCAACUGCUCCACCAUCCAGAUGGUGGUGGCGCUGAAGCCCUUGUACGACGCCGCGGGCAUCACCCGCAUCGUGGUGUCCACCUAUCAGUCGGUGUCCGGAGCCGGACGCCGGGCCAUGGAGGAACUCGGCAAGCAGACCGCGGCGCUGUUCAACAGCCAGGAGGUGGAGUGCGAGCAGUUCCCGCAUCAGAUCGCGUUCAACUGCAUCCCGCACAUCGAUUCGUUUCUGCCCGACGGUUACACCAAGGAAGAGGUGAAGAUGGUCCAGGAGACCCGCAAGAUUCUGGACGACCCGGAAAUUCGCAUCACCGCCACCGCCGUGCGCGUGCCCGUCUUCUGCAGCCACUCCGAAUCCAUCAACGUCGAGACCCGCACCAAGCUGUCGGCGGGCGAUGUCCGCGCCAUCCUCAGGGAGGCUCCCGGGGUGUUGCUCCAGGACGACCCCCAAGGCAACGACUACCCCCUCGCCACCCAGGCUACGGGCAAGGACGCCACAUACGUCGGGCGCAUCCGCGAGGACGAUUCCGUCGAGAACGGGAUCAAUCUAUGGGUUGUCGCCGACAACCUGCGCAAAGGCGCGGCCUUGAACGCGGUGCAGAUCGCCGAGAUCCUGAUCCGGGACUACCACUGA